CAUAAACUGGAGCCGGAAAGGGAAUGAUCCAAAACAGGAAAUGAACAAAACGUCACACACAAGCCUCGGUGGCUCCAUUUUCUAGCGAGCGUUGAACUUUUUUUGUUCUACAUUUGAUAGUUUUUUAGGACAGAUUUGUCUAUUUCUAUUUUUUGUUGGAUUGAAACUACAAACUUUUCAAGAUGGGGGGUGGCGAUCUGAACUUGAAAAAGAGCUGGCAUCCCCAGACUAUGAAAAAUAUUGAGCGUGUUUGGAAAGCUGAACAGAAACAUGAGGCUGAAUGCAAGAAGAUCGAGGAGCUCCAGAAAGAACUGAAAGACGAACGAGCCCGAGAAGAAAUAACAAGAUUUGCAGAGGAAGCCGGAUCCCUCAAGAAGAAGGAUGAUCGGCUGGACUGGAUGUACCAGGGCCCUGCUGGUCAAGUGUCCAGAGAUGAGUAUCUGCUGGGACGUGCCAUUGACAAGCAGAUCACCGACCAAUACGAGGAGCCUGAGAGCGGUCCAUCGGCUGAGACUGGCCUCCUGCCUGGGUCCAUUUUCAACCCCACCACUCCUGCCUCCAACCUCGACCUGGCUGCCAAGAUCAGGGAAGACCCCCUGUUUGAAAUCAGGAAACGUGAGGAAGAAAAGAAGAGAGAAGUCUUGAGUAAUCCAGUGAAGAUGAAGAAAAUUAAAGAAAUGCUGCGCCAGAAUCUCGACAAGAAAGACAAGAAGAAGAAGAGGAAGAAGGACAAAAAGGAGAAGAAAGGCGACAAAGAGAGAAGAAAGGAGAAGAAGCAUAAGAGAAGGAGUUCAAGUUCAAGCUCAGAUGACGAAGACAAGAAAAAACACAGGUCACAUUCUCGAGAUGAAUCUUCAGUAGACACCAAAUCUCGUUCCAAUCAUGUUCCAGGCUAUGGCCUGCAGCUCCCCGCUGGCAGACAUCACCAGUCCUCAGCUCCCUCCAAUCACUCAGGGCGCCGUGAGAGGAGCCGCACCCGAUCGCCUCACAGGAACAACCGGGAAGGUCACGUCUACUCUUCUUCUUCAUACAGAGGCGACAGGAAGGUUGAGCCCAGAGCUUCCAGCCCACAGAGAGAGCGUUACCACAAACAGAGGCACCCUGUAGCCAAGAAGCUCUCUGCAGAAGAGCUGGAGCACAAGAGGCGGGAGAUGAUGGACCAGGCCAAGCAGAGGGAUGAGGACAGGGAGAAUAAUGUGAAGAGAUACAGGAGUCAAGACGAGCUGGAAAAGCAGCGGGAACAAAAUGUCAAGCGUGACCGCCAUGCUGGCUUCAUUCAUAACAUGAAGCUGGAGAGUGCUGCCAGCUCUUCCUUAGAGGACCGAGUGAAAAGGAAUAUCCACUCCAUUCAGAGGACAGCAGUCUCCCUGGACAACUUCAUGAAGAGAUGAAAACACAACACGGUUAUCAUACAACUGAACUGAUUGAAAAGGCUUGGCAAGAGUAUGCCAUCCACUCCUUUAUCUGUCUCUUUAAUGUGUUAAAGCAGGUGUGCAUGUAUUGAUGCAUUUAGGUUGCAUUGUGUGGUGGGAGUCUGUCCUGAGUUUAAACAAGGAACCACAUAACUCCCUGCCUCUCCGUGGCUUUUAUUUGGAAAAGUAGUUUCCAUAAUGGAAACAUAAUUUAUAUUUCUGACUAUAAUGGCGGAUCUGUUGCAGGUUACUUUCUUAAAAGCCAAAAGGUUCAUGUGGUCAGAACUUAUUGAUAUUGUUUUAGUUUUUACAGUAUAACAAACCUGAUUUUAUCUUUUGUAAUAUAUAUGUUUGUUACUUAGUGUACUCCUGUGAUAGGCAAAUGGAAUAAAAAAAAAAAUCAUAUUUCCACAUC